GUUGUGACAAAAGCAGCUAAUAUUAGAUUCUGUGCUAAAUAACUAAUGUAAUGCUUUCGCGUGAGAAAUACGCGUUGGGACUUGCUUCUGGUUAUAAAGGUCGGUGAGGAGCAGGGUUGGCACAGUUGAAGCAAGCUCCCAACUUGAACCACAUCGGAUAAAACAAGACAACUACAUAAAAGUCAGUAUGGCUGCCCAGAUAGUGUCUAAGAAGAAAUGUGAGUACUGGGACAAAUGCUACAGGAAGAACAAGAAACACAGAGAGGAGUUUUUGCAUCCAGAGGCCGAUGAGAAAACGGAGACGAAGGCAGAAGCAAAGCCAAACCGUCUGACUCAUGACAUCAGUGUAGAUGAAAAUGAAGCCAUGCCAUCCUGGAGAGCUGGUGCAAAAAGAAAACAGAAUGAUAAUGACGAAGGAGCAACGCCAUCACCAGCUGGUGUCAAGAGCAAACAAAAUGAUGAUAUCAGUGAAGCUUCUCCUUCCCCUAAAAAAGUGGUCAAGUUUGAUGAUAGUGAUGAAGAAAAAAUCACCGUAGACUACAGCAAGGCAAAAACCAAGGGCACAAACAAGGCUGCUGCAGGGGGCAAUGAUGUUACGGGUGAUGCAAAAAAAGAUGAUGACAGUGCUGCCAGUUCUUCAAAGACAAUAGCUGCGCCAGAGGUCAUCAAGUACAAGGCUAAGAAAGAAAAGUGCAAAUAUGGAGACAAAUGUUAUCAAACUGGUGCAGCUCACAGGGCAGAGUUUGCGCAUUCUGGUGAUGAUGGUCCUGAUGAGGAAUCUAUUGAGAACAAAAAGACUCGAGGGCAAACAAAAGAAUCUGUAAACCCACUAGAGGAUGGGGGUGUGGUGGAAUUUGACUCUGGAUACAAAUUGAAAAGAGAUGGGGAGGUGUACUCUUGCUCUUGCAAAGGUUUCUUGGUGCAACGGGCUCCUCUGAAUGAGAGAACAUGCAAGCAUCUGAAGGAAUAUCUCGGUGGGGACUUUGAGAAAAAAAGAGUUGAGCAGAACACAAAACCCAAGAAGACCCACAUCAGCUCACAUAUCAACGUUAGUGUGUUGCUGGCUCACAAAUACGAGGACAAAACAAAUCCUGUUGGCUGGUGGAUCAGUGAGAAAUUGGAUGGUGUACGGGCAUUUUGGAAUGGAAGGUGUUUUUACUCCAGGCUUGGGAAUGCUUUCUAUGCCCCAGAAUGGUUUACUAAGGACUUGCCUACAGAUAUGACUUUGGACGGGGAACUCUUUGGAGGGCGAGGCCAAUUCCAGUCUACUGUCAGCAUUGUGAAGACUGCUGAAAGCCCGAAAUGGAAGGAUAUAAAAUACCAUGUGUUUGACUCUCCUGACAUGGGCAAGGAAACCUUUGAAAACAGAAUGAACGCGAUCAAGGAGUAUUUUGAGGAGAAACAACCAGAGUAUGCCGUAUUUGUAGAGCAAGUGAAAUGCAAGAGCAAAGAUCAGUUAGAGGGGAAGCUGACAAGAGUCCUUAACUUGGGUGGUGAGGGACUUAUGAUCAGACAGCCCAAGUCUGUGUACGAGAGAACAAGAUCGAAGACAUUGUUGAAAAUAAAGAAGUUCUAUGAUGCUGAGGCUAUUGUGAUUGGUCAUGAGAAAGGGAAGGGAGUCAACCAACAUCGAUGUGGAGCUUUGCGGUGUCGUAUGGCAUGUGGGAAAGAGUUCUCCGUUGGCUCUGGCCUCACGGACAAGGACCGUAAUCGUCCACCCAAGAUUGGCACAAUCAUCACGUACAAAUUUCAGGAGCUCAGUAAAAGUGGCUCCCCGAGGUUCCCUACUUAUGUUGGUAUCCGCAUUGACAUGACAGAACCCAAAGACGCUGAAAUCAGACCUGUGCUUGAUGAGGAUGAGGCGUAGAUUCAAGAUAAUUUGCUGUAUUAAAAAAUGUUAUAAGUCAAGAAAAUUGAGAUAAUUCCAGAUCUCAAGGAAGUAUGGAUUUUUAUGCCAUACCUUAUAAAAACUGUGAGAUCAAAGUGAGAGCAGUAGCGAUGCCUUGUUUAGAACAUUUGUGAUAAUUUAAGAGAUUUUUUUUCUCUCUGUCCCUCUUUUCUUACUCUUUGCAAUGAAGGACAAUGUGGAAAUAAGGACUGACCUCUAUUGGCAGCUUU